AUAAAUGAAAAUGAAACCGAAACUAGCCAAAUAGAAGUAGAUCAGUCAACUUCUUUAGGUGAAACAUCUACUUCGUUAACUAUCGUAGAAAAGGAUUUUGCAAACAUUGAUUUCUAUGAUAUUGGAAAUUUUAUUAAUCAUGGUAAAUUUGCAGACGAGAUCAUUUAUAAAGCAUUAAAAAAAGCGUGGGUACCCGAUAAAUCGUACGAUUUUAAAAAAGACUCCAAUACUGGAAAUCGUUUAUUUCGUCUUCAGUGGUUAGUAGACUAUCCUUUUAUUUCAUAUUCUUCAAAAUUAAAAGGAGUUUUAUGCCGUUAUUGCGUAUUAUUCAAACCUCAACUGGAUCGAGGAGUGCAAGGUCAAUUUAUUAUUAAUGAAUUUACGAAAUAUAAAGACUUCCAUGGCUCUGUGAAACUUCAUCUUAAAUCUAAAUGGCACCGUGACUCAACGAAUAGAGCAAAUAAUUUUUGUAAUAUUAUAGAAAACAAAAAAAAAAUGUUGUUCAACUUAUGAGUUCUGCUCAACAACAAACAAUAGAGUCAAAUAGAGCAAAACUAAUACCCAUAAUCAAAACAAUAGUUUUUUGUGGUAUACACAAUAUGCCUCUAAGAGGAAAAACUGACGAGACUGCUGCUAUCUUCAAUAGCUUAUUAAAAUUUAGAGUUGACGCAGGAGAUACUAUUUUAAAUGACCAUUUGAAAAAUUCUGCAGCAAAUGCGACUUAUACUUCACAUAGAAUUCAAAACGAACUUAUAAAUAUAUGCAAUGAAGUGUUACUAGAACAUAUAAUUAAAGAUGUAAAGGAAAGCCAGUUCUUUUCAGUCAUUGCUGAUGAAUCGUGUGAUAUAUCCGGUAUAGAGCAGCUUUCGUUAGGAGUACGAUUCGUGCACAAAAUGUCAACCGGUAAAUUCUGUGUAAGGGAAGAAUUUUUAGGCUUUGUACCAUUGCAACGUUUGGACGCCGAAACUAUAUCUGAACAAAUUCUGUCCACUCUCAUAAAAUUUGGGCUUGAUCUAUCAAAAAUGAUCGGUCAAGCAUAUGACGGUUGUUCUACUAUGGCGGGAAAAAUAAGUGGAGUUAGAAAACGAAUUGAAGAUAAAUAUCCAAACGCAAAUUUUUUUCAUUGUAAUUUUCAUAAGUUAAAUUUAGUAAUUAAUGAUUUGAGCGAUGUUUCCGAAAUUCGUAACACGGUUGGAACAAUAAAAGAUUCAAUAAAUUUUUUUCGAGAAAGUCCUUUGAGAAGAAAAUACAUUCCAAACAUUCCUCUAUUCUGCGAAACGCGUUGGACAGCCAAAUACAAAAGUAUAAGGAUAUUUAAAGAAAACAUUAAUAUAAUAUUAGAAGCGUUGCAAAAACUAUCGGAAAGUGACGUAAACCGUAAUACAAAAAAUCGUGCUUUUCAAUUGUAUAAUUCUUGUAGUAAUUCAACAUUUUUAGUUUGUUUGUUUGUUAUGGCUGAAUAUUCUUCUAUGUUGGAACCAGUUGCUAAUGUACUCCAAGGAGUUAAUCAGAAUCUAUUAACUGUAAAAAAACAAAUAACUACGCUUACUCAAAUAUUUCAAAAACAUCGAGAGUCUGCAGAUGCUACUUUUAAUGUUCUUUGGGGUAAAAUGGAAAGUAGUUUAGCUGAAUCAGAUAUUAAAAUAACUAUACCAAGAAUUGUCAAAAAACAAAUAUAUAGAGCAAAUGUACUUGCUGAUUGUGCUGAAAGUUAUUUUAAAAUUAAUAUUUUUAUUCGAUAUGUUGAUUCAUUAAUAUUAUCCCUUAAAGAACGAUUUUCAGAAGAAAAUGAAGUACCUUAUUCUAUUUUUCAAUUAUUACCAGAAUAUAUGAGUAAGCUCGAUGAAAAUCAAUAUAGAUCGCUUACUGAAAAAAUUUCAAAAAAAUAUAGUUCUUUUCUAGACAAUUUUGCAGCUGAAUCAAUGAUUUGGUAUGACAAUUGCUCAAAUAUUCAGAAAUCUCAAGAUGUACUAGAUAUCCUGAAAGAAUCCGAAAUAUUUUACCCAUCGGUAUUUUCGGCAAUUUGUAUUGACAUUAGCUUCCCGGCAACUACUUGUACUGCUGAGCGGUCUUUCAGCACUUUGCGGAGAGUUAAAACCUGGAUACGCUCUACUAUGACUAACGAAAGACUCGAUGCUUUGUGCAUGAUGAAUAUACAUAAAUCCACGAUAAUUGACCUAAUUAGUAAUAACAAAUAUUAUGAAGAAAUUGUUGAUAGUUUCGAAAGAGAUGUGAGACGACUACAAUUUCUUUUUGAGAAUUAAUUAAGUUACCUUUACCUAUGUAUUU